CGGGCACGGCCGCGCUCCGCUUUCGUUUUCGUUUCCUCGGGCGGGGUGGAGCGGCCCGGGGAGGAGCCGCUCGAGGCCGGCCAGGCCGAUUGGGACCAGGACCGGGACCAGGACCAAAAGUGGGACCGGGACCGGGACCGGGGGUGAUGCCUCUGCUGUCCCCAGCCAUGGCGUUGUCCACCCAGGCGCUGCGGGUGCUGUGCGCCAGCGGCGGCAGCCUGGAGCUGAGCGAGCUCCGGCAGCAGCUGCCGGGCCGGCCCAGGGCCGAGCUGCUGGAGCCGGUGCUGCGGGACACGGAGCGCUUCACCCUGCUGCGGCGGCCCGCCGAGGAGGCGGCGGACACGGAGGAGGAGGUGGUGGUGGUGGCCACCAGCGCCCUGCGCCUGUGCCCGGAGCACGGCGCGGGCUGCCAGGGGCGCUGCGGGCGGCUGCACCUCUGCAAGUACCACCUGAAGGGGCUCUGCCGCAACCAGCAGGCCAGGAAGGAAUGCAAGUUUGUUCACGACUUCUACACUGACCACAAUCACCAUGUUUUAAAACGUUAUGGAUUUGAGAAUUUUAGCAGUAAUGAACUUCGUCAGCUUCUGCUUCAAAACGAUCCCUCCCUCCUUCCUGAGGUCUGCUUGCAUUACAACAAAGGUGAUGGACCUUAUGGAUCUUGUACUUUUAAAGAGACCUGCACCAAGCUGCAUGCUUGCCAGUACUUUUUGCGGGGACAGUGCAGAUUUGGCAGCAGCUGCAAGAGAUCCCAUGACUUGUUAAAGUCAGAAAGUUACAAGAAACUGAAGAGACAGGGAAUAAGCCCAGACAUUAUUCAGAAACUGCCCUCCAUUUAUAGGAAUAUGUAUGCCAUACAAAAUAACAAUGGAAGUGUGUAUGACAUAGAAGAUAACAAGUCUUCACCAUGCAAAGAGAGAAAACACAGCUCUAGCCAGGAGUCUUCAUCUACAAAUAAUGAUGAAUCAGAACAGAUCUGUUUGUAUCAUCUGUACAAAAGCUGUGGUUUUAAAGACAAGUGUACCAGAACUCAUUUUCACUUGCCAUAUAGAUGGCAGGUCUUUGAAGGUAAUACCUGGAAGGACUUCAAGAAUAUGGAAGAAAUAGAAAAAGAAUAUUGUGACCCCAAAAACAUCAGAUCUAGUAACGUGGUUACUGAAAGUGGCUAUGGCUUGUCCUGCAUCUCAUUUCUGAAUAUGUACUGUGGGUUCGGAAAGGUUAGACGCCUUUCUACAGCCUCCUCUGUGACCAGACCCCCUCACUUCAUUCUUACAACAGAAUGGAUCUGGUAUUGGAAAGAUGAAUAUGGUGUGUGGAAGGAGUAUGGAAAGAAAGAUGAUGAUCAUGCAGCUGCCACUGUUAACAGUGAUGAUCUGGAGAAAGCUUAUAUAGCCAAAAGUACUCCAAAGCUGCACUUCAAAGCUGGAAAACAUGAAUAUGAACUCAAUUUUGGAGCCAUGAUUCAGAAAAACCUUCGCUAUACAACAGAGAGAGAAGUUUGCAGAAGACCUAAAUUUGUGUCUCAGACAGACGUAGAAAAGGCCAGAGCAAGGGGCUGUAAGCGUACCGAAGAAUUUAAGGGUAUUCCAGCUCACUGGGACAAAUCCGCCCUGCCUGACCUGGGAUUCAAGCUGAUUGAUCUUGACAGUUCUUCUGAUGAAUACAAGAAAGUCAAGGCAGACUUUCAACGCACAAUGCCAAAAACAGUUAUUAAAAGGAUUCGUAGAGUUCAGAACCCAUCUCUCUGGGAACUGUAUCAAUGGCAGAAGGAAAAAAUGCAGAAGAGCAAUGGUGGAAAGACAGAUGAGCGUUUCUUAUUUCAUGGGACCAGCAAAAAACACAUUGAUGCCAUCUGUCAGCAAAACUUUGACUGGAGGAUCUGUGGCCUUCAUGGGACAGUCUAUGGCAAAGGAAGCUAUUUUGCGAGGGAUGCGUCUUACUCUGACAACUACUGCAGGGAAGACUCAUCCCCCAAGACCAUGUUUCUGGCACGGGUGCUGGUGGGAGAGUUCACUCUUGGUAAUUCCUCGUAUGUAAUUCCUCCCUUGAAGGAUGGCCAGAACUUCUAUGAUAGUUGUGUGAAUAACUUUUCAAACCCUUCUAUCUUUGUCAUCUUUGAGAAGCAGCAGAUUUAUCCAGAGUAUCUCAUAGAAUAUGUUGACCAGAUAAGUGCAAGACUGUGGUAGCAGCAAAACAAAUCACUGUUAUGUUUAGCUCUUACAAACACUUUUCUAGUGUUGGCAUAACUGAGAAAAGCGAUUUUUGUAAGUUGUGUACUUGGGUAGGUGAGCAGUUAGAUGUUUAUUCUCUCUAUCCUUCCUGUGCAAUAGAAAACAAGGGGUAAAAAGACACAAAGGAUGUUUUAGAAUUAAAAUCCUCAGUCUGUCUCCUGUUUUUAGAAGUUAUCAGCUUUUCCUGUAUUCCUAGUAUUCUGAGGCUCCUAUGCGUUUACUAGAUGGAGCCUCUGAUGGUUAUAACAUAAAGAUUGGCUGUGGCUGCCAAGUUUAAAUAACAUUUUGUUACAGUUGUUUCAGGAUAGAUCUUUACCAAUGUUCAUCGUUCAGAGGUUGUCGCCUUCUACCUUUUUAACUCAAAAUUUGAUAAAACCUUUUUUAAUAGUCUACAACAGUAGGCAUUAAAGCGUUUGCAAAUGAGACUGUACAGCCUGUCUCUUGUAGUUAACUCUUUGUAUAAAUUUUUAGCAGCACUGUUUUUUUUUUUGUCCCUACAUAACCAACAAAGUCUUGAAAAUUAAAAUUUCAUUUGUUGAACAGGAACAGAGACUUAUUUUCUCUUGUUAGUUUUCUCAUUUAAAACAAGUAGCAAAGAUAUGAACCAGAACAAGGGUUGCUUUGAGCUGUGAUACUUAAGCAGCUGACUUUUAUCAAGUCACUAACUUCUUUUUUUAGGUUUGUGAGAGUACAAAGUUUUCAUGCCUUUUGCUGUGCCUACAAAUGAGAUAGUGCUGGCAGGUGUGGGGUGAAGAAAAGAGAAGGCAACUUCUCGUUUAAGACUAUCAUGCUUAGGAGUGAAAUGCAGUGCUUGUAUUUGAUUAGCAAUAAACUGUUUAUUAGAAGUAUAUUCAUAGUUCUUUUAUAACUGCUGCGAAAGGCAGGGAAUGACUAUCUCCUGCUCUCAUUAGGGGUACUGCGCCUUUAGUUGCAGGAGACAUGCUGGUUACCUAUGUAAUCAAGGUGUCAGGACUUCCUUGCUGGAAAAAAGUAGUUGACUGUGAGUAGUCUUCAGCCAAUGAGCUGAAACUUCUAAAAUCUCAAGAUUAAGUCGAAUAAGUUAAUUGUUCUCAGCAAAAGAUGUUGUAUGUUAUUAGUGUUGUACAGUUGGCAUAUGCAGAUAAUCAAAAAUCUUGAACUGUCAGGUCUUUCUUAAGAUUAAAGUUGCUGAUGCAUAGAUACUUACAUUCUGCAUUUACCACUGCUUUAAUGCUCCUAAAAGAGUACUUAUUAGCUGUAGUUUACCACAAAUCUUUUAGAAAGCCUUUUUGUCGUAGACAAAACCUAUGAAAAUGAUGAGGGGAUCUCAUCGCCUUCCUCUUCUGAGGAAAGGCUGAGAGAGAUGGUCCUGUUUAGCCUGGAGAAGAGUAGGCUGAGAAGGGAUCUUAUCAAUGUAUAUAAUAAAUAUCUGAAGGAAGGGCGUCAAGACAUCAGGGCUGCACUCUUUUCAGUGGUGCCCAGCAAUAGGAUGAGAAGCAAUGGGCACAACCUGAAACACAGGAAGUUCCAUCUAAACAUGAGGAAGAAAUUCUUUACUGUGAGGGUGAAGAGCACUGAAACAGGCUGCCCAGAGAGGUUGUGGAGUCUCCUUCUCUGGAGAUGUUCAAAACCUGCCGGGACUUGAGCCUGCUUGAGCAGGGGGGUUGGACUCCAGGCGUCCCUUCCAACCUGUGACAAAACUUCUGUGAUUCUGUGACCAAAAAAAGCUUCUCUCUACCUGUAUUCUAGAAGUACUUUUUAAUUCUUCUGAAUACUGGUUGACAGGUGUCUGUCAGGCAACUUUUUAUUACUUCAGUGCUGUAUACCAGGAGCUGAGCUGUGAUUAGCCAGAAGAAGGUUGUGCAGAACACCUUUUUAUAUGAACUGUAAAACUUAGCAGCAUGAUACCUGAAUGAAAAUACCCCUUUUCAUGUUUAAACCCAGUAAAAUUCAGUAAGUAUGUGGAAAAACAAGUUGACUGUGUUCUUUCUCUUGAGUCUAAUGAGUCUAAUGUCAGCAAAUAAUAAUUCACUGAAGACAGUAUAGAAUCAUAGAAUCAUUCAGGUUGGAAAAGAUGAUCUAGUCCAACCUUUAACCUAGUACUAAAGUCCACCACUAUAUCAUGCUACUAAGUUCUAAAUCUACACAGCUGUACGAUGUAUAAAAGCUCGAGGUACUUGUGCAGAAAAGAUUUUCUGCCAAAACAAAGACAUGUUCAUCAGGAUGUUCACGGCAAAUGAGAAUACUGAUGGCAUGUGCCUUUCUUCUGAAAUAGCUGAAGUCAUUGUUGACUACUUGAACCAAGUGAAAAGUCAUUACUCUUCUGCCAGAAAACGGAAACAAAUAUUUUUUCAUGCAAAAAGUUGAGAUAUUUUUAAUAACAAUUUUGAUGGCUAAUUUGGAUAAAACCAUUAAUAUUUUUAAAACCUUUAUUCCUGGGGGGAAAUAAAUGGGGAGGUGGGUGUCUGUGUGUGUGAGUGCAUGUGUGUAAAUGUGUGCAUAAGUAAAGUAACCAACCUGAAGAAAAUGGAUGGGUGUGUUACUUUGUCAUCUCUUAUUUCUCUAGUAACACCCAAAAGAAAAAAAUCACCAUGUUUUCCACUUUUGAAACUGCAGUGGUAAAUGUCUUGUGUAUGACAAAUAAAGAGGUAUUCGAACCACUAAAUUUCUUGUAUUCCUCUCUCCUCUGUCUAAGAGCACUGUGUUUGAUGACCUUUAUGAGUUCUUGGAAACUUCUUAAAGAUGUUGCUGUUAAGUAGUGGAAUCUCUGUACAGCUGUCAGGAUUUAAUUUAGAAAUGAACUGAGUUAAAAGUCGUUUGCAUUAAAGCUAAACUUUAAGCAAAAAAA